UUUUUUGACAUUCUGUAAAAUCUUGUUACUUAGUUUCCUCUGUAACUUAGGCUGGCCUGGAACUCUCCUUAGUCGCCGUAUCUCAGCCUUCUACAUUGGGUUUACUGGCAUGAACUACCUUACCCAUUCUGCAUCUCAUUACAAUUGAAAAUUACUACUUUUGUUCAAUAUGGCUAUCAGCAGAAGCUAAAACUACCUGGCACAAAGUAGCCAUUAUAUACUGAAUACAUAAACGCACAGCUUCCACAAGUUUUAUUCACUUUUCUUUUUUCUUCUGGCAAACAGUCACAUUACAUAGCAUGGGCUUCGAGAUUUUUACUCGUGUUUUUAUACUAAGACUCACUGCUGGCAGAAAGCUUCAAUGGAAGGCUAAUUCCAGCAAGUCUUCUCUGAGACCAUAGCCCAGGGUGCCUCUUACACAACCAGUGUAUCUAUUUGGUGUAUCUUCCAUCAUAGUUUUUAUUACAAUUAAAUUAUUUAUAUCUUCUAUUGAAUGCAUGUCUUUAGAAUAAAUUUCUCAAUUGCUUGAGUGUCCCUCCACCCAAAGUCUUCUAAGUCUUUAUUUUUCUAAAUCAAAACAUAGAAGCUGGGUUGUGGUAUCACAUGCCUUUCAUCCCAGCACUCGGGAGGCAGUAGCAGGUAGAUCUCUAAGUUCGAGGCCAGCCUGGUCUACAGAGGAAAUGAGUUCCAGGAUAGCCAGGGCUACACAAAGAAACCCUGUCUCGGAAAAAAACAAAACAAAACAACCAACCAAUGAACCAGCAAAAUCCAGAACUGUGCAAUAAUUAAGGGCCAGUAAUCUGGAAGUCAGAAUACACAGGAGGGAUGCUGUGGCUAUUAGCCCGGAUCGCACUGAGGCACUACCCAAAGCUUCCAGGAAGAUAUGGGAGAAAUAGCAGAGGCGGCUGAGCACAGAAUGACUCUGGGGAAGUUGCAUUUGGAAGAGCCAAUCCCUACUCUACCUCAGUAUGACACCACAAUGCAGCUCUGACAUGUGCUGCCCCCCUGCUGACCACAUAAUCAGAUGUCAGCAGUGACCCACAGCACUAGCACUACCUUCAAUGUAAAAAUGUGCCUGUUUGCAGUCACUUCUACCACCAGCAGCAGCAGCGGAGCCUGAGCUGCAAGGAAAACAGUGCUCACUAUCAAAGGUGUUUGUUCCCAAUACUCUGUCAAACCAUGGUGGACUACUAUGAAGUUCUAGGAGUGCAGAGAUACGCUUCACCAGAGGACAUAAAAAGAGCUUACCGAAAAGUGGCACUUAAAUGGCAUCCUGAUAAAAAUCCAGAGAAUAAAGAGGAAGCAGAGCGAAAAUUCAAAGAAGUCGCCGAGGCAUAUGAAGUAUUAUCAAAUAGUGAAAAACGGAACGUUUAUGAUAAAUAUGGCAAGGAGGGAUUAAACGGCGGAGGUGGAAGUCAUCUUGAUGACGAAUGUGAGUAUGGUUUCACAUUCCGUAAGGCAGAUGAUGUCUUUAAAGAAAUUUUUGGUGAAAGGGACCCAUUUUCAUUUCACUUCUUUGAAGACUCACUGGAGGACCUUUUGAGCAGUUCAAGAAGCUCCAACAGAAGCAGAAACAGAGGCACAGGAUCCCUUUUCUCCCAUUCCUGUGACCACCCAGUGUUUACUAGGCUUUCUCCUUAUGACACAGGAUAUAUGUCUUACGUUUCACUGGGGCAUGAGGGUCUUACUUCAUUCUCUUCCCUGGCAUUUGAUGAUACCGAGAUGGGCAAUUACAUACCUAUUACCCCUUCAGGCAAAACUGUUAAUGGAAGAAGAAUCAACUCAAAGAAAAUUUUUGAGUACCAUCAAGAUAUAGAAGCUGAAGAUGACGAGUUGAAAUCCUUUCUUGUAAACAGUGUGGCAGAAGAAGAGGGCUUUGCAGAAAAAUGGAACUGGAGAAGACAGUCAUUCAACAAUUAUUCACCAAAUUCCCACAGCCCCCCAAAUAUAUCUCCAUAUACUCUCGUGGACAACAAUGAACAAGGUACACCUUGGGUCACCAGCAAGAAGGAUCCUUCCAUUUUCUCAGCAGGAUUCAAAGAAGGUGGUAGGAGGAAAAAAAAGCACAAAGAGGGGCAGAAGAAGAGGUCAAAUAAAAGGAAUCGCUAAUUCACUCUUUAGACACAUGAUGAUCAUAGAGCAUCUGAACGCCACUCUUCUGUGUGUCUUGGUUAAUCAGAGCUUUUUUUUUUUGUUGUUGUUUUUUGAGACAGGGUUUCUCUGUGUAGCUUUGCGCCUUUCCUGGAACUCACUCUGUAGCCCAGGUUAUCCUCUAACUCACAGAGAUCUGCCUACCUCUGCCUCCUGAGUGCUAGGAUUAAAGGCGUGCACUACCACCGCCCAGCCUUUAUUCAGAGUUUUAGAGAUAACAUCUGUUAAUACUAUGUGGGUUGUGUGUGUGUGUGUGUGUGUGUGUGUGUGUGUGUGUGUGUGUGUGUAUGUGUUUUUGAGAUGGGGUCUCAACUAUGUACUCUAGGCUGGCCUCAAACUCACAGAGACUUGCCUAUCUUUGCCUCAGUUGCUGAGAUUGAAGGUGUGCACUACUGUGCAUGGCUUAAAAAAAUUUUUUUUUUUUUAAAACAAGAUUGUGGACAUUUGGUCAGUAGUUGUGUGAAUAGGUUAGGUCAGAAAAAGGUGAAUUUGUGUAAUAGUGAUUUUAAAACCAUAGAAAACUGCAAAGUUUUUUUUUAAUGUUUUACUUUUGAGUGGUUUGAGCAUAGAAUUUUUUUUUCUGGUGAAGUUUAUGACCUAUUUAAUUUCUUUAAUUAAUAUCAUCACAAAUUCCUGGUAAAUGCACACAGCAUUAGGAGAUAAAAAUCUAUUAAGAAACACAGGUUCAGACUAUAACAAGUAUUUGAAGGUUGAAGUAACUAGACAUAUUUGCACAAAGAUGUUCACAGUAGUUCUAAUUCACAGUAUCCAAGAGGUAGAAGCAACCCAAACGAUCAUCAAGAGCCCAGGACAUUAACAAAAAUUGAUGAGUAGUCACACUUGUGAGCCUGCGCGUGCACGCGCGCGCGCACGCACACACACACACACAUAUACACACACACACACACACACACACACACACACACACACACACACACACACACACGAGAGAGGAGGAAAAAAAGGCCUGGCAUACUGCCUGCUUAGUUGUUUGCUGAGGGCAGUUUUAACUGAAAAAUCUUGUCAUUUGCUACAACAUAGAUGAGCUAAAGAAUACCAAAAUAGAAUACUAAAAUCUUAAGAUGCUAAGUGAAAUAAGCCAGUCACUCAGACAAAUACUGAGUGAUUAAUGUUAAGACAGUAUCUAAAGCAGUCUAAUUGAGACAGGAAGUGGAAAAGAGGCUGUUUUGUGUGUAUAGAGUUUCAGGCCUGCAAAAUAAAACAUUCUGAAAAGCCACUUCCCAAUAAUGUGAAUAUACUAAUACCAAUGAACUGCACAUUUAAAAAAAUGUCUAAUAUGGUAAACUAAAUUUAAUGUGCAUUAUACCACAACUUUAAAAAAAAGUGAGUAUUCCCCAAGAUUCCUUGGAACAACCUUGCCAUAUCAUGAGCUGCAGGCCACCAGGCACUCUCUCCAGAUAUGAAACUUUUUAGUUUUAUCGUGUCUGUAUGUAGGAGCUACAAAUGCAUUACUGUAAAAUAUUUAUAGUCAUUUCAUUUAAGGAUCAUGUUGGGAGAAAAAAUGGUGAGUUACAAAUACAUUAGAAACCAAACAAAUGGUUUGAGCUAAAUAUUUUAUUUAAAUUUGCUUCUUUUAAAAAUAAAUCACCUUUUACUGUAACACUGUUACAUCUUAGCUUUCUACAAUGCUUUCAUCUUCAUUACACUGCUUCUCUCAUUCAUUUAACAUUACUAUUGGGGGCCCUCUACUUGCGAAGCAGUGUCAGCUAUUUGAGGUACACAGUGCUAAGCAAACCUUAGCCACCGAGUCUACAAACUGGAGACAGAUAAUAAGUCAAACAGGAUCUGCUAGCUUUUUUAGU